CCACGUAAUCAGCACUAGGCAUACAGGACAGCAGCAACCGUGUCAAGGACAGCAAUUACCUGUAUGCCUCUCUUCCCCGCAAAUAAUUUUCUGCUUUCUUCUAACAUUCAAAAAAAAAAAGAAAAUCGGAAUUUCUCUCCAUUCCCCCAUAAAAUCCGUUUCUAUUCCUUCACGAUCCACGCUAUCACCUCCAUCACCACUGUCCAUCAUCACCACAAUCAAAUCUCUCAAUUCAGGAAGCAAAAAAGAUGGGGGCUUUCAUAUCGAAGUUUUGGUUCAUGUUAUUUCCCGCAAAGGAAUAUAAGAUUGUGGUGGUGGGGUUGGAUAAUGCAGGCAAAACGACGACGCUUUACAAGCUUCACCUUGGUGAUGUCGUUACUACCCAUCCUACUGUUGGUAGCAACGUUGAAGAGCUUGUUUAUAAAAACAUCCGCUUCGAGGUCUGGGAUCUUGGUGGGCAAGAAAGACUAAGAACAUCAUGGGCAACAUAUUAUCGGGGAACUCAUGCUGUUAUUGUUGUGAUAGACAGCACGGAUAGGUCCAGGAUCACCAUUAUGAAGGAUGAGCUCUUCAGGUUGCUUGGACAUGAGGACCUUCAACAUUCUGUUAUACUUGUGUUUGCAAAUAAACAAGAUUUAAAGGAUGCAAUGACCCCAGUUGAGAUCACUGAUGCCCUUUCGCUGCACAGCAUAAAAAAUCAUGACUGGCACAUCCAAGCCUGCUGUGCACUUACUGGAGACGGUUUGUACGAUGGUCUAGGCUGGAUUGCCCAGCAUGUUACUGGGAAAGCACCAAGUUGAAAAGGAGAUUUCAAUCAAAGAGAAUUCAUUUUUCAUAUAUUAUGGAUUCCGAUGACUGAAACGGUCAACUUUUGUGUAACAUCUGCUGUAUGAGCUUUUGUCAGUUUUGUACAUUGUUUUCACAUUUCAAUUUGCUUGAAGAAAUUGACAUUUUCUGCA